GCAACGUCUACAACAGCUGAUUAAAACAAUCACUUUGUUUUUGGAAAAGUCGGAAAAUCGUAAUACCACUUAUUUUUUAACAAACAUGGAAAAGCCCACAACCAGCGCUGCUGCAGUACAGGAUCCCAAUCUUCUCCCGGACUCGCCACAACACGGACCAACUUUGUCCAGCGCGUCCAGUUUUGAGGCUCUGACGCGACAUGACCCGAAUCUUAGUCGACUGGCCACGAAAAUGUUCAACAAAACGGAGGAGUACAUUACACAUGAGCUGAACGCUCCUCUCGAGGAUUACAAGCUCCUAGAGGAGAUGAACAAGGCUACGAUUGCCAAGUACAAGGAUAUGCGGCAAAUAGCAGAGAAUCUGAACACUUCUACUAGCGAGCUAAGUCUGAAAUUCCAGCAAUUGGCUCCAAUGAUGCAGCAAAUCGAUGAGAUCUCCGAUACGGUGGACAAACUGGAGGCAGCAGCCUAUAAACUGGAUGCCUACAGCAUAGCCCUGGAAAAUCGAGUAAAGUGCGUACUCCAAAGGAAAUCCGGAGGUGGCCAAGUGGCUCAAUAAGACUACUCAUCUACAAAAGCUUUAUGGUACUUUAUUAUAUUAGAUUCUAUGUCAACCAAGUAAUAGUUUAAAUAUAAUCGCGAUUAUGUUAAGAAA